UGAUUGGAAGGGUCAAGCUCUGUGGAGCUAGGCAGCACAGUGGACAAACUCAGCUCUCAAGACUUUCCUCCACACCAGACUUAUCCCUAGACUACUGAAGGGAGAACUAGGAGUGGAUUCAGCCAGAGACCAGGAGCAGAGUGGGAGACACAAAGUGUAGGAUUUAUAGAAGAGAAGAAAGCGUCUGAGAAUUAUGGCUGCCAAUGACCCACCCUCACCACCUGAGGAACAGUGUCCCCAGCUUAGCACCACAGUGUCCUCACCAGUGGUGGAUGAAGAGAUCCCAGGACGACCAGAACCAAGGGAGGAGGCCGGUCCCCAGCCUGUAUUCACCAGCCCAAAGUGGAAGAGGGACUUGUCAUCAGAUUCUGAGGAUGACCUGGCAGAACUGCUAGAACCUGAUCCUGAACCAGUGUGGUCAGUGGAGACUCUGUGCGGGCUCAGGAUGACACUCAAGAGGCGGCGCGUGUCUACAGUGAGACCUGAACACCAUAAAGUCUUCACCAGGCUGCUGGAGGAUCCUGUGGUAAAAAAAUUCCUGGCCUGGGACAAGAUGCUGAGAGUGUCUGAUAAGUACCUCCUGUCUAUGGUCAUAGCUUAUUUCAGCCGUGCUGGGCUCUUCUCCUGGCAGUAUAGGCCAAUCCACUUCUUCCUGGCUCUGUACCUGGCCAAUGACAUGGAGGAGGACAACCAGGCCCCUAAACAAGACAUUUUUUACUUCCUCUACGGGAAGAGCUAUGCCCAGCGCCCCAUGUUCCACAAACUGCGGUUCCAGUUCAUUCGAUCCAUGCGCUGGAGGAUCUGGGUGUCUCGGGAGGAGUGUGAAGAGAUCCAGGCUUACAACCCAGAGCUAUGGGUGUGGGCACGAGAUCGCACCAACCUGACCUAGAAUCUUGGAAUCCUAGAGGCCUGAGGUCAUCGGCCAAGGAAGAUCCCUGCCUGAGGGAGACACUCUAUGCCAACAUUAAGGACAGCUGGGGGAGAGGAGAGAGGACUGCCUUCCACAGGAAACUAGAGGAACCCAGACUCUUCUAGAAGGAGUGGAAUGGAAUCACCACACUGUGCUCCUGGGAGCAGCAACACUUGUAGGGGGCUCUGGAGGGAAAGAAGGCAGGAUUCCUCAGGGUCGGUUCUAUUCAGCGGCACUGUCUAAUUGUUAUCCCAAAUGUCCUCAGUCCCAUCUCCCCCAAGGUAGCAGCCCUGUGGAUUCCAAUAAUUGGUCUCUGCAGUCUCGGGCCACUUGAAGGAGACACCUCAGUGCUCAGAUGAGGAGGGAACUCUCUUCAAUAUACAGCAUUUGAUCUACAAAAUUGUAAUAACUUUCACAUGUCACAAAUUUUAUUACAUUAGUAUAUAUAACAAGUUUUGUUGUAUUAUUAAUAAAUUUUAUUGUAUUAUA